AUUUUUUUUUCAAAUAAGAUAUUCAGUAUAAUUAGUAUAAAAAACAGUUUAUUUAGUAUUGGAAAAUAUUCAAAAUAUUAGCUGUUUAAAAAUUUAAAUCUCAAAAAGCAAAUUAUGAAUAAAUAGGAAUUCUAGGUAAGUUCUCCAUAAUAAAGUGAAACUAUGAAUACUGGUCUUUCUAACAUCAACUCUGCAAUAAACAACGAGAAAAUUUCGCAGAGGAUAUAGAUAUAGGAUCAACAGCAUGCUUUUAGAAUCAAUUAAUAUUUUUAAGGAUAAGAAUAGCUUUUAGAUUAAUAAAUUAAUAUUCAAGAUGUAGAAAUGGAUUAUAAUGAAAGAAUUAAUUCUAUGAGAGAACUAUAUGAAAUGAGAUUUUAAACUUUAUAGGAUACUAUACGAGAUGUUUAUGAGAAAAUUAUAAAAGAUGACUUAAUUUAAACAAUGAAGGAUAAUCCUAUAUCUUAGGAAUAUAUACAUCAGCGUGUUAGGGAAUUAUUUGAAGAAAUAGUGCUGAGCGAAAGAGAAGUUAUAAUUGAUAAGCUAUCUAGCUAAUAUACAUUUUUGAAAGCAGAGUUUUCUAAGUUAGAGAAUGAGAAAAGAAAAGAAUUGUAAUAACAUGAUGAAGAAAUGGAAGAAAGUGCAAGAAUUAUAAAUAUGCUUAAAGAAGAUUUACACAAAGAGAGAUAAAAUAGAUAAUUCUAUGAACAAGAGUUCUAAAGAAUGUAAAAAAAGAUGAAUGAAGUUACUGAGCAGUUUGAAGAUGCAUUAAUUAAAAAAGAAUAAAAAAUGUAAGAUAAAUUAGAAUAAGAAUAAAAUCAAGUAAUUCAGCUAACUUAAAAAUUUAAUGACCUUGAAAAAGAAUAUGAAUAGUUAAUAAAGUCAUAAAAUUAAAUAUUUUCUGAAAAUUAAGAAUUGAAAUAAAGAGGUGAAUUGAUGAAAGCAGAUUUAAGUGAAAAAUAGUUAGAAUUAAACACUUAUAAAAUAGAUUUGAAUACAGCUGAAGAUAAGAUAAAGUAAUAGCUCAAAUUAAAUGAUAACUUAAAGCUAGAAGUAAGCUAGCUUUCUAGCAGAUAUAAUUAAUUGAUGGAGGAGAACACCCAUUUAAAUAUGGAAUUAGAAAACACCAAAUUAGACGCUACUACCAUCGAAAAUUAAAUGCAGUAAAAGUUCUAACAUGCCUAGCAAAAUUUGUAAAAGGGCCAAGAAUAUUUAGAAAAGGUUAAGUAAAAAAAUAAACAAAAAUUAGAAGCUUAUAAAAACAAGAUUAUUGAAUACAAACAAAGAAACUAAGAAGCCGAAUAAAUAAUAAGAUAACUCAAAUAAGACCAAAAUGAAGAAAAAGAAAAAAGCUAGAAGAGUUUAUAAAAUUGGGAGAGAAUCCUUUAAGAAACUAAAAUAGAAUAUGAAAGAAAGAUCGAAGAAAUACACAAUGUUUCUUAAAUGAAAUUCGACGAAAAUCAAAGAAGACAUGACGAAUAUUUACAAGAGUUAUAAUUACACUAUUAAGAAACUAUGAAUUAAAAAAUAGAUGAUAUAAAAAAUGAAAGUAACCUAGAAAUCGAUUAACUUAGGUAUUAAGAAAGAUAGCUUAAACAGAUGCUGGAAGAAAAGCUAAAUUAAUUGUAAAAAGAUUAUAUUUCUAAGUCAUUGCAUGAUGAAAUUAUGGAUGAAAAGAAAAAAUCAAUUGACAAAAUGAAAUAAGACUUCGAUCAUUUUUUAAGUGAAUUCAAAAAAGAAACUGAAAUGAAGAAUGAACAGAUCGAAUUAAGAAAAAAUAAAGAGCAUGAACAACAAUUAGCAUAUUUAUAAAAUAAUUUGAAGGAAUUAGAAGAGAGUUUGAGAGAGUAUAAGUUAUAAGGGCGUGAGCUAUAGUCUAAAAAUGAGUAAUUAGAAGACUAAUAACAAAAGAUUAUAGCUGAUUUGGAAAAUUAGAUUAAGCAAAAUAGAAUCUAUGAAAGUGAAAUUCAAAGAUUGUAAGAAAAGCUUAACAAACAAAAAAAUAAAAAUAAUGAGCUUUAAAAGACUUUAGAUGAUUUAGACUAGCUUAGUGCAUAACUUAAGUCAGAUUUAGAGUCAUCAAGAAGCACAAUAUAAAGAUAUUCAUAAGAUUUAGAAAAUAUUACUGUUUAAAAUGAGAAACUGUUUGCAUAAAUAAAUGAAUAAAAGUAAAAAAAUGCUGAACUCAUAGGUUCUGUCUCAAACUUGAAAACUGAAGUUUCUAAUGGAUAGCAAGUUAUAUAAUUUAAAGAAGAAGUUAUCAAAAACAUCAAAGAAAAUUUAGAAGAACUUAAACAAGAAAAUAAACAAUUAAAUACUAAAUUCUUUGAUCUGUACAAAGAAAAAGCUUAAAAAAAUGAAGAUGAAAGCAAAAGAUUUGAAGAAAUUAAUACUUAAAUUACUAGAUUAUAAUAUGAAGCUUAAGAAAAGGCUCAUCAAUCAGAAAUUUUAAAAUCUUAAUUAGAUACUAUAUCUGAAUAAAAGAAAAUUUUAGAGGAAGAAAUUCAAUAUCUCAAAAUAGAUCUCCUUGAAAAAGAAAGAAUAUCUCAAGCUUCUUUAAGAGAAAAACUUGAAUUGGAAAAUCUUUUUAGUAAGAAAUUACAGCAAUAAAAAGAAUUAAAAUAUCAAAUAAAGAAUGAGUUAACAAUAGAGCUAACUAGAUUAAGAAAAGAUUUGAGCUAAAUUUAAGAGUUUGUUUAACAUCAAAUUAAAAUGAAGUCAAACGAAAUUGAAUUGUGGGUUAAAAGUAUUUAAGGAAAAUCUAAAGAUAUAUUAAACAAAUAAAAUAAUUAAUUAUAAGAAAAAUUGUAAAUUGUUGAAAAUGAGAUAUCUAGAGAGUGUGAGGAAUAAAUUUAAGAUUAUAAACAUAGAUUUGAGUAGGAAAUAUCUGAUUUAUAAUAAUAAAAAGAAAGGGAAAUCAAAUAACUUAGUGAUUAUGUUAAUAAGUUAAGCCAAGCAAACUAAGACUUGAUAAAUGAAAGCAAAGGGUAUUAGGAAGAACUUAAUGAGCUCAAAAAUUAGUAUGAUCUUUUAUAAUAGUAAAAUUAAAACUUACAAAAAAGCUACGAUAAUGCUAUUAAAAAAUCAGAAUAAAUGGAAUAAACAUUCGAUUUGAGAUUAAGUGAAUAUUAGUAAAGAAAGGAAGAAAGUGGCUUGAAAAGAAAAUAAAUGGUUGAAAGAGAACUUGAUAUUGCAAAUGAAGAAAUUAUUUAAUGGAAGAAUAAAUACCAAAAUCUUAUAGACUAGAUGAAUAAAAAUGUAGAACAAAUGCAGAGCCAGAGAGAGAUAGAAGUGGAAACAGUCAGAUAAAAAAUGAAUUUUUCUAUUCAAUAAUUAGAAAGCUAGAUAGAAAUGCUCUAGUAAAAUGAAUUAGAACUCAGAGACUCUCUAGCUAAGCAAAACGAUAAAAUAAAUUUGCUUCAAAAAAUAAUUCAAGAAAAAGAAGAAGCCUUUGAAGGUCUUAGAAGAGAAAAAGAUCAAUAAAUAAAAUCCGUGACAGAAGUGGAGUUAGAGUAUAAGUUGAAGGAAGAAGGUCUAAGGAAAUAGAAGAAAUCUUACGAUGAAAUAUUAAGAGAGUAGGAAGAAAAAAUUAAUCACUUUGUAAACGAAAUAACAAUACUUAAUAGCAAAAUAAACUAAUUGAUUGAAGAAAAAACCAUUUUAAUAAAUAAAAAUAAAGAUUUACAAUUUUAAUUAGAUCUCAAAUAGUCCUAACUUAAUUAAUUAGCUAAAGAGUUCCAUGACAAAUAAACAAAAUCUAAUAAAGAAAUCGAAGAUUUACACAAAUUAUUGACUUAAUCCUUUAAAAAUAUGAAUGAUAAUUCUGAAAACAUUGAUUUAGCAAGAAAACUGGAUGAAGAAACUCGCUUAUUGACUAAAAAAGUAAAAGAUUUAUAGCAUAUAAACAGGUACCUCGAAAUUUCAAAAAGUCCUUCUUCAAAGUCAGGAAUCGUUAUUCACACUUAAUAAACAAAUUAAAAUAGUAGCUUUUAGCAAAGCAAUAACUUAAGUUAAAAUAUGCCUACUUAUUAAAAUAAUAACUCUAACAAUAGCAUAUUUUAAAAUUAACCCUCUUAUUUUGGUAGCCAUUCUAGCAGCUAAGGAAAUCUAUAGAUAUAUAACUAAAACCCUAAUAUGGUUUAUAAUAACAAUAACAUAAACACAAAUAGCAAUUCUAAUCUCCAUAAAGUAACCUUUUAAAAUUCUUAAAGCAACAACAGAUAUGAUCCUGGAUACUCUGCUCAAUAAAAAUAACAACACCAAGUUCUGCAAUAGCAUGUGAAUCAAUUCAGCCCUUAUUCCAAAUAAAAUUGA